AUGGUGGAUUUCGAAAAAGUGGCAAUAAAUGCUUUUCAAGAUACUUUUAAUACGACAAUAGACUCGGAACUCGGAUUCAAAAGUAAUUAUGAAAAUGAUUCAAAAUUUGCUUAUGAUGUUAACAAGAUUGCUGCUUUAGCAUUUCUUCCAUCUGUUGAUGUUUAUCAAUGGUUUGACGAAUUUUAUUUAUCUUUACCACCAAUUUUAGAAUUAAUCAUGGAUUAUUUUGAAGAUAUUUAUGUCGGGAGACGAUGA